CCGCUCCCGGCGUGGGGGGGAUGGUUUGCGCGUCCCCUGGGCGGCUGAGGGGACGAUCGCCGGCCCAGCGCUGUCCGUCGCCCCCUCGCGCCUCGUUAACGGUCCCUGGGGCUUGAAAUACCCUCCAGAGGGAGCGCGGAUAAAGUGUUGCGAAGGCAGCAGAAGCAGCAGGAUAUCUUGGAAGGGUGCAUGUCCCCUCUUGUGCUGUCCCCUUAUUCUGGCUGGGUCCUAGACAGAGUGAUUGAGCAGUCAGCCCCAGAAACCGAAUCCUCCCGAAGUUCAUCACCUACAGAAUCCAGCGCUCUCCCUAACCGGUCACCCUCUCUGGAGAAGCUCAGCUCUGCCAGCCGCCACGGCUCUCCUCCACCUUCAUCUACAGAGCCAAGUGAAACAAAGGGAAAUGAUGACCUUAGUCUGCUGGAAAUGGAUCAAGAAGUCUUUCCAGCAGUCCUGCCAUCUAAAGUUACACAAGUUGAAGGCUGCAUUCAGCUGUAUGAGAAGAUCCACAAGUUGAAAGGAAAGAAGGGGCUGAGGCAACGGCAGGAGCAGCAAGAGCAAAUGGUGAGGGCAGUGCACGACCUGGCAAACGAACAACUGAAGCGCUUUGAUGAGCUGAAGGAGCUAAAGCAGCAUCAGGAAUUCCAAGAUUUGCAGGAAGUAAUGGAGAAGAGCUCGAAGGAGGCUCAGGGACAGCAAGAAAAGCUGAAGGAAGAACACAGACACAGAGCAAAGAUAUUAAACCUCAAGCUACGUGAGGCAGAGCAGCAGAGGCAGCGUCAGGAAGAGCUGGAGCGGCUGCGUAAGGAAGAGGGCCAGGAACGACUGCGUCGCCUUUAUUCCAUCCAGGAGGAAGUGCUGCAGCUUAACCAGCAGAUUGAUCCCAAUUAUAGGCACAAAGACUUGCCAAGAAUCGAUCUCUCUGCGUACAGUAAUCGUGGCAAUCAGAUCUGUGGGCUGGUGUCAGGACUCAUCCGCACCACAAGUGAGAGAGGUUUCCCUACUCCAGCAGAUGUGGCCAAUACUGAACGAGCACUGCAGGAGAUGCGAGGGUUGAUAUCCAGCAUGCAGCAAGAAAUCGCUGCAGCUGUGGAAGAAAAAAGGAGAGAUGAAGAGCAAGAGAGACAAAAGCAGGAAGAGUUACUGAAAAAAGAGCAAGUGAAGGCUCAGACUCCUGCCCCUGCACAGCAGUCAGAGGGAAAGCAGCAGAAGGAAGGACUUCAAGUUAAGGCAGAAGAAAGCACCAUGCAGUGGUACCAGCAGCUUCAGGAUGCUGCUGAACAGUGUGUUGCUUCUUUCAGUGAAAUCAGCAACUGCAAAGACAACAAGGAGGUUAAGAAGAUAAAAACAGACUUGCAGAAAGCAGCUACGAUCCCUGUGAGCCAGAUCUCCAGCAUAGCAGGCUCUCAGCUGAGAGAGAUAUUUGACAAGAUCAAUAACCUGCUCUCUGGGAAGUCUGUACAGAGUGGAGGCCGAACAGUGUCAGUGACUCAGCAUCCACAGGGACUGGAGUUUGUUUAUUACAAACUGGCAGAGAAAUUUGUGAAUCAAGGAGAAGAAGAAGUAGCUUCUCAUCGUGAUGCAGCUUUCCCAAUUGCUGUGGUGGCCUCAGGAAUCUGGGAAAUACACCCUCGAGUUGGAGACCUGUUUUUAGCUCAUCUGCACAAAAAGUGCCCCUAUGCUGUGCCAUUUUACCCUGCAUUGAAAGAAGGGACUUCCAUGGAAGAGUAUCAGAGGAUGCUUGGAUACCAAGUUAAGGAUUCCAAGAUGGAAGAGCAAGAUCAUUUUCUUAAACGGAUGUCGGGGCUGAUUCGUCUUUAUGCUGCGAUCAUCCAGCUGCGGUGGCCUUAUGGGAACAAACAGGGGACACACCCUCACGGGCUGAACUAUGGCUGGCGUUGGCUUGCUCAGAUGUUGAAUAUGGAGCCUCUGGCAGAUGUGACAGCUACGCUGCUUUUUGAUUUUCUUGAGGUGUGUGGCAACGCUCUCAUGAAACAGUAUCAGGUUCAGUUCUGGAAAAUGAUGGUCUUUAUCCGAGAAGACUAUUUCCCAAGAAUUGAAGCAAUUACCAGCUCAGGACAGAUGGGCUCUUUAAUACGCUUCAAGCAAUUCCUGGAGGAAUGUCUACAGCAGAAGGAAAUUCCAUUACCAAAGGGUGCUCUGCAGUCUUCCUUUUGGAAGUCAUAAAUCAGUUGAUAUUUCUUUCCCCUGGCUGUCAGUGCUUUCAGACCUGGCUUCCUGUUUACAUGUAAAGUCAAAAUAAAUCUAUUUUGUAUACAGAGGAACAAGGAGAAGAUAUUCCAUCGACCUGAUAAUGUUUAAUUCAUCGAGAUUUAUGUUGGGAAGUAUGAGCUCCUGUUGAAUUUGCUGCUAAUAAUUGGAAGGUUUUCUUUGCUCUGGAUUUUUAUAAGUUUUUGUAUAGUAAAUUAUGGUGCAUUGAAGACUUUUCCUUCAUGUGUUGCAACCUGCAGAAGGUAUUUUUCAUACGGUAUCCUGAUGACCUUCAGAGAUUAAAGACUCUUGGAUUGAAAGUUUGCACAAUACUGUUCUGUCCAUGGAAGUGAAAAUACCUCGCAGCUGUAUGGAGUCUUAACAAUCAGCCUCAGAAGCCUUCCACUGGAACUUUUUGGUAUUUAUUCUCUCCGUCUUUUAUAACUCAGUUCAAUUUUAAUUAUGCUGAUGUACUUCCAUCCUGUUUGUCUCAUCAACAUCUUAAAACUACAGUGAAGUUGGUCAAGACAUUUGGCCCAGCAGCGUUGACACCUCUGUUGAAUGCAACUUUGCUCCAAGAGACUGUACCCUCGAUUUAAGAGAGAUAAGCUGAUAGCUUUAAAAGGCAUUCAUGGAUGAUAGGAACUUCAUGAGGGAAAAGCAGAGUUCCUGAAACCACCAUAAUUCUGUAUCUGUUAUCCAUGAGAUGGAUGGAAGCUGAUAAUUCAUUUUCUUAUUAAAGGAAAAAAAAAGUGGCAGAAUGGUGCAUUCCCUUGAGCACUUUUGCUGAUGUCCUGCCAUCGUUUUAGGGGGAAAUGAUGUGUUUGGGUUUAUUAAAGUGUUUUUUAUAAGGGUUCCUUUUAUGUAAGUGGCUUUUUUUUCUUGCCAAUGUUAUUUUAUGUAUCAAGUACUGUAAUACUUUUGUACCAAUGGUGGAUUAUUCUGAGAAUAGUUCA